AUGACAAAAUUCAGAAUAGAAACAAUUUAUAAAAAUCCAAAAUGGACUGGUCAAACAGUGACUAAACUUGAACAUCUUCAAAGUAUCAUUGAUUUACGUCGACGUAAAAGUCAUGAACAAUCAAAUUUAAAAAAUGGAAGAAAAUUUGAUAAUCAAAAUGAUUCACGUAUUAUUAUUAAUGUUAGUGGUUUACGUUUUGAAACAUAUAAAUCAACACUUGAACGUUAUCCAGAUACAUUACUUGGAAAUAUUCAACGUCGAUCAUGUUAUUAUGAUAAAAAACAUGAUGAAUAUUUUUUUGAUCGACAUCGAUUAUGUUUUGAAGCAAUACUUUAUUUUUAUCAAUCAUCUGGACGUCUUCGUCGACCUGAAAAUGUUUCACUUGAUACAUUUCUAGAAGAAAUAACAUAUUUUGAUUUAGGUUUAGAUGCACUUAGACAAGUACGAAAAGAUGAAGAAUUAGAAGAAGCAAAAAAAGUUAAAUUACCAGAAAAUCGUUUUUGUCGUCAAUUAUGGGCAAAUUUAGAAUAUCCACAAUAUUCAAUGACAGCAAAAAUUAUUAAUAUUUUUUCGAUUAUUUUUAUAUUACUAUCUGCAAUUGAACUUGCUAUACAAACAUUACCAAAUUAUCGUGGAACUCAUAAUAAUCGAUGCGAAUACGAAGGAGAUGGCUUAUUUAUUGAUAGUAACAGAUCAACAACUCGCCAUCUUUGUCCACCAAAUUUUCAAUCAUCAUUCUUUAUAGUUCAAUCAAUUUGUAUUGGUUUUUUUACCAUAGAAUUUCUUCUACGUUUAAUAUCUUGUCCAUCUUUUUUUGAUUUUAUUAAAUCAAUUCCAAAUUGGGUUGAUUUUUUUGCAAUCGUUCCUUAUUAUAUAACAUUAAUAAUCAGUGUGUUUGGUACUCAUAAUGAAAUAUCUUCAGAAACUUAUUUUUUUUUAAGUAUUUUACGUAUAUUUCGUUUUUUACGUGUAUUUAAACUUUAUCGUAUAUUUCAACAUAUUAAAUCAUUACGUGUACUUGGUAGUACAAUAAAAGAAUCAAUACCUGAUUUUAUAAUAUUAUUAUCAUUUUUAACAUUAAGUGGUUUUCUAUUUGGAGCAGCAAUGUAUUUUGCUGAAAAUAAUACUAAUAAAGAUUUUUUUGAUUCAAUACCUAAAGCAACUUAUUAUGGCAUUAUUACAUUAACAGCAGUCGGAUAUGGUGAUUUAGUUCCCAUAACUGUACUUGGACGUAGUUUAGCAUGUUUAGCUGCUAUUUAUGGUGUAUCAGUUGUUUCAAUGCUUGUUUCUGUACUUGUUGAUCGAUAUCAACGAGUAUAUGCACGUAAACAUUUUCUUAAUGAAGAAUAUACAGAAAAUACAGUUUUAAAUGAUUCAUAUCGACGUUCAAUUAAUAAUGAUAAAUGUGAAGAAAGUCCAAUCGAUAUGGAAAAACAAAUUACUGUUAUACCUGAAUUAUAUAAUCAUGUUGAACACGAACAAGAUAAAGAUGAAUCAUCUGGUAAAGUUCGUUUUAUUCUUGGUUAUUUAUCUGAUGAUGAACCUGAUGAUGAUAAUGAUAAUAUUGAUGAAAGUGAUCAUGAAAUUAUUCAUAAAGUUGCUCAGGAAUUAUUUCAUUCAACAUCAAAUAGAUAUCGUGCAAUGAAUAGUAACAAUUGA